AUGGUGCCAGAGCUUCUCAUAUUCCUUGGUCUCUUCUGGGGCAAACCUGGCUCAGCUGCUGCUCUGGAUAACUGUGUUUUCUUGGGGGAAGAGGAGAAAAACAGUCUGUAUGAAGAUGGAGAUGUAGUUAUAGGAGGCUUAUUCCCUAUACACUACAGCCCUGUGUCUUCUCUUCAAACAUACACAACAAAACCAGCACCUAACUCGUAUAAGUAUUUCAACUCUCGUGUUCUGCGCUGGAUACAGACCAUGACAUUUGCAAUCAAAGAGAUCAACCAGCGCAGUGACCUCCUGCCACAGCUCAAGCUUGGUUUCCAUAUCUGUGACAGCAGUAGUGACAUACCUGUCUCACUGAGAGCAUCUUUGCUGUUGGUGAACGGACAGCCAGAGACAGGUACUAGAGUGAACAGACACAAAGGUCUCAGAAGAAACAGUACUUCUAAUUUAGGCUGUGCUGCUACACAAAAUACUGUGUCCCCAGUAAUCAUAGGAGAUGCAGCUUCUGGGGUGUCGAUGGCAGUGCUGAGAAGCCUGGGUUCUUUCCAUAUCCCUCUGGUGAGCUAUUUUGCAUCUUGCAGCUGUCUGAGUAACCAAAGGGAGUUCCCCACAUUCAUGCGCACCAUGCCCAGUGAUGCCUUUCAGAUCAAAGCCCUGGCCCAGCUGGUGAGCUAUUUUGGCUGGACCUGGGUGGGAGUCAUUGGCAUAGAGUCUGAUUAUGCUCGCUUUGCCAUCCAGUUUUUCCUGCAAGAGUCAGUGCAGUACGGUGUGUGUGCUGCCUUCACUCACUUCUACCCUGUAGUACUGAGUCAGCAGGCUCUAGAUAAGCUUCUGGAUGUUAUUCAGAUGUCUUCUUCAAAGGUCAUCAUUAACUUCAGUAGUGCGUUAGAGAUGGAGGUCAUUCUGAGAGAGAUCCGAUGUCGUAAUAUUACCGGCCUGCAGUGGAUUGCCAGUGAAGCUUGGGCCACUUCCAGUUCUCUCUGGGAAAAUUUUGGAGAUCUGCUGACAGGAACACUAGGAUUUGCCAUCCGCAGAGCUGAUGUGAUUCCAGGGCUCAAACAACACCUCGCUGGACUUAGACCAUCCAAUAUUCAUGAAUCAGCUGUCUUGACAGAAUUUUGGGAAGAGCUGUUUAACUGCCGAUUGAAUGGGUCAAUGAAUGACCACUCACAUGGAGGCGACAACUACCUUAACAGAUUACCAUGUAAAGGGACAGAGAAUUUAAAUGAUGUUUACUCUCCUUAUUAUGAUGUGACACAGCUAAGAGUGUCCUAUAAUGUCUACAAGGCUGUGUAUGUGGUGGCCCAUGCCUUGCAGGAUAUGAGUAACUGCCUAAUUGGACAGGGGCCUUUCGUUAAUGGUGCCUGUGCAGAUCCGAAAACUGUUAAACCUUGGCAGCUAAUGCACUACAUGAAGCAUGUUAAUUUUUCUGUACUGAGUGAGAAAGUAAACUUUGAUCUAAAUGGUGACCCCAUUGCUUAUUACGAUCUCUUAAACUGGCAAAGGAGGCCUGACGGAUCACUACAUUUGGUAAAAGUAGGUUUCUAUGACGCCUCCUCGCCUGGACGCAGCCUGCUCAUAAAUGACUCAGUGAUCCAGUGGCCUGUUGGGAAGCAGGCUUCCCGGUCUGUAUGCAGUGACAGUUGUCCUCCAGGUUACCGCAUCGCCAGGAGAAAGGGGGAGCCCAUCUGCUGUUUUGACUGUGUCCCCUGUGCUGAGGGAGAAGUUAGUAAUGAGACUGAUUCUUUAGAGUGCUCACGCUGCUCAGAGGACAUGUGGCCCAAUAAAGUCAGAGAUCUCUGCAUCCCAAAGACUAUUGAGUUCCUGUCCUACUUUGAGUCGAUGGGUAUUGUGCUGUGUGUUGUAUCUGUUGUUGGAGCAUGUAUUUCUCUCUCCGUCCUUGCCAUAUUCUUCACAUACAAAGACACUCCACUGGUUCGGGCCAACAACAUGGAAUUGAGCUUCCUACUCUUGGUGUUUCUUGCUGUCUGUUUCCUUGUUGGUCUGCUGUUCAUUGGAGAGCCUUCAGACUGGCUUUGCCGUAUCAGGUACCCUGCAUUUGGAAUCAGUUUUGCCCUCUGCAUUUCAUGCCUGCUGGCCAAGACAGCAGUGGUCCUAGUGGCGUUUAGGUCCACACUGCCAGGAAGUAAUGUCAUGAACUGGUUUGGACCCAAACAGCAGAGAGCCAGUGUGCUUUUAGGAACAGCUGUUCAGGUAAUAAUCUGUCUGAUCUGGCUGCUCACCAGUCCACCUCAUGCCAACAACAACACAGAUUACAGUGCUUCCAUCAUCAUUGAGUGUGUUACUGGUUCAGAGGUUGGCUUCUGGUGUGUUCUUGGAUACAUUGGCAUUUUGGCCUGCAUGUGCUUCCUAAUGGCAUUUUUGGCACGGAAGCUACCUGACAAUUUUAAUGAGGCAAAGUUCAUUACUUUCAGCAUGCUGAUAUUCUUUGCAGUGUGGAUUACCUUUAUUCCAGUUUAUGUGAGCACAGCUGGGAAAUACACAGUGGCAGUUCAUAUUUUUGCUAUUUUAGCCUCAGCUUAUGGUCUCCUAUUUUGCAUUUUUGCUCCAAAGUGCUAUAUCUUAAUUCUGAAACCAGAAAAAAACAACAAGAAAAACAUGAUGCAAAGAUGA